GUGUGCGCGCCGCCGGGCGCGGCGGGGCGGGGCGCCGCCGCCCCUGCCUGCCGGGCGGCUCUGCCCCAGUGGGGGCCGGCGUGCGCGCAGCCCUGCCCGCUGAUGCAAUCGGCGAUCGCGAGCAGCGGCAGCGGCCACGGUGGCGCCCGCAGGCGGAUCGGCCGGCCCUGAGCCCGCGCGGUGCGCCGCCACCGUCGCGCCUCGGUACCCCACGGGGCCGCGGCCAAACGCCGCCCGCAGCCAGCGGCCGCCCGCGAAGAGCGCGCUCCGGGGCGGCUAGGAGAUAACCCCCGUUUGCCAGCAUGAUCAAGGGCUGUCAGAAUGAGUGCAUGGCUGGAGGAUGUGCAGGGGAAGCCACAAAGCAUGUGACCGAAUCUUUCAAGGCUUCAGACUUGAUUAUCACCCCAGCUGCAACUUUGAAGGAAAAACCUGACCCCAGUGGUUUGGUAUUUGGAGCUGUGUUCACUGAUAAUAUGCUGACGAUUGAAUGGUCCUUGGCUUCAGGAUGGGAGAAACCUUAUAUUAAGCCGCUUGAGAACCUUUCAUUGCAUCCAGCCUCCUCUUCUCUGCAUUAUGCUAUAGAAUUGUUUGAAGGAAUGAAGGCUUACCGAGGGGUGGAUGACAAAAUCCGUCUGUUCCGACCGAGCCUCAACAUGAAGAGGAUGGCGCGAUCAGCAAGACGAGCAACUCUGCCAUGUUUUGAUGAGAAUGAGCUGUUAGAGUGCAUCCGGAAGCUUGUGGAAGUGGAAAAGGAGUGGGUCCCAUACUCAACUGCUGCCAGCCUGUAUAUCCGUCCUACUUUAAUUGGAACUGAGCCUUCUCUUGGAGUGAAGAAGCCAACUAAAGCCCUACUCUAUGUCAUACUGAGUCCUGUGGGCCCUUACUUUGCAAGUGGAAGUUUUAAUCCAAUAUCCUUAUGGGCAGAUCCCAAAUAUGUAAGAGCCUGGAAAGGAGGAACAGGAGACUGCAAACUGGGAGGGAAUUACGGUUCUUCUAUUUAUGCCCAGCGAGAAGCCCUGGAAUUAGGUUGCCAGCAGGUUCUAUGGCUCUAUGGAGAAGAUCAUCAAAUAACUGAAGUUGGAACAAUGAAUCUGUUUCUCUACUGGAUAAAUGAAGAUGGAGAAGAUGAACUGGCAACCCCACCUUUAGAUGGCAUCAUACUUCCAGGAGUGACAAGACAAAGCAUUUUGGAUCUGGCAUGCAACUGGGGGGAAUUUAAAGUAUCUGAGCGAUACAUUACCAUGAGUGACCUGACAGCUGCCUUGGAAGAGAACAGAGUGAAGGAGAUGUUUGGUGCUGGAACAGCUUGUGUCGUAUGUCCCAUCUCUGAGAUAUUAUAUAAAGGCAAGCAUUUACACAUUCCAACUAUGGAGAAUGGACCUCAGUUAGCAACCCGUUUCCUGAAUAAACUAAGUGAUAUCCAGUAUGGAAGAGAAGACAGCAAUUGGGCAGUGCUGGUGUCAUGAAGGUGGAAGAAUUCAGACCCUCCAGAGAGAAUAAACAUGGAUAAUGACAACUUCUGUAAUGGCUGUGCGUAGCGUAGUUUCUGUAUCACUUUGAUCCCCCAGGAUGAUUGUUUCCACAAUCCAGGGAGUGUGAACACAAUCAUUUUUGACUUCUAUUGUAAUGCUGUUAGUAGAAGCCUAGCUUCUUGGUAGAGGUGCUAGAUGUUAGCAAUAGAACUUUCCUAAUGGUUUUCUUAGUGCCUCCUUGUGUCUUAUGCACAGACCAAAAACUUGUAAAAUGCUCUUCAACUGCUCUUCAGUUUGUUUGGUUUUUUUAACUGCCUCCUCAGCAGAACAGGUUGCCAUAUAACACAAAGACAUUGCCUAUACGCUGCGCCCAAGGUUCUAUUGACAUUAUUCUGCCUUUUGCUCUGUGUCCAGGAAAAAAUUAAGUUUAGUCAUACAUUCUUUCCCUUUGUACUCUGCUUGUAUGGGAGAUUGCAGAGUUUGCAGAGCCCUCCAGAUCCCCUCCUUCAUAUUCUGUCAAAUAACAGCUCUGCCCUUUAGUCCAAAAUGCGUGGAUCAAGCCUGCAUUAUGCAUUCUGUUGGCCUACUGCUUUUCCUUCCAUGGAGAUGAGCAGUGGCUGCUUGGGCAGGGCCUACCUCUGUAAUGGUUGAAUACAUCCUCUCAUACGUGCUCUUCAGGGCUGGUCCAUGCCAUGCUGAGGCAUGAAUCAGCCCCUUCCUGGCCCAGCACAGAGCUGGAAGAUACUGAUACAGUGUUGCCUUCUGGGUGAAUGUCUAGAAAUAAGAUUAAGCCCCUGUGGCUAUGAAGGUUGAACCACACUUUAUUUGGACAAAGUGAGAGCAAGCAAGCCUUUUAUUAAAGGAGAUUUCCUUCUGCAUCCAACCACCUAAUUUGGAUCAGCAAAAUGUUUUCUCAUCCCUUUCACCGCUCAUGGACUCACAGAGGCUGGUUACAUUCCUUAAUAUGGCCUUCCUGUUUAAGGAACAAGCUGCACUGUCAGCAGGAGCUACCUAGCACAAGAAAGAAAGAGAUUGUAUUCAAAUUCUGUUUGCAGUUUAAGCACCUUACUUCUUCUGUGCCACUACACACUCAUAUGCAGUCUUGGUAUUAUUUGGAAGCAAUAUAAAGCAUGUAUCCCAUAGUUAGGGGAAUAACUUCUGCAAAAUGUCACUAACAAGUAUACUGUAAUAUUUAUUAGCACACACGUUACUGCACACAGCUUUGUCAAACAGCUUUAAGAUGUCUCUAGCCGAAAAGGAUCACCAUAUUGUGUAUCAAUGUUCCGAAGUGCUACUUCAGCAUAAAGCUGGGGGAACUUUGUUGACACUAAUGGAGUCCUAUAGGAAAUAAAAGUGAAGCAUUUAUUGUGAUAGUGUACAGUAGAGAUGCACCAGUAUUAAGGGAAAUAAUUAGCACUUUUAUUUUUAAAUACUCAGUGGUAUCUCUCCUAUUCUUUGUCACAAUCCUUAGUUGUUAUUGGCAUUUGUUAACAGAGUUUAAUAAGGCAAAGUAUCAUUUCAUCCAUGCCUUAUGCAACUGCUGAAAAGUAGCCAUAUGGCUUUCCUGUUCAUUUUGGACAGAUUUUAAAGACAAAUGUUACUUAGCCAUCAGUUUCUUUUGGUCCCUCAAAUGAUGACUUUACUGUCUUUCACUGCAGUCCAAUCUAUUAUUUUAAUGAAGAACAGUUGAAGGUUCUCUCUGACAAUGUAACCAUUAUUAAAAUAUGUUGGACAGUUUUCUCUUUAGAAUACAUCUGCAAGCACAAAAUGCAGUUUCAUUUACAGUAGCAGUAGUACUGUGUAUCUGCUCUUCUUACCAUUUGAAUCUGUGUUGUGUUCUGGUCUUUGUUCAGUAUCUUACUAUGUAUUAUAAGCUGCUGGUAGUCAUCUUCUUUCAUUAGAUGGGUGGAAAAAUUAAUAUCAGGAAUAUGUCAAGAUGCAGUCUGGGGUAGAGAGUUUUAUCCAAUGAGGCAAGUAUCAUAACUAAAGAGUGCCUUGAACUAGAGCGUGCAUGGCAUGGAGCUCUUUAAAGAUUAUGAAAUGAGAAACCAUAUGUGGCUUCCUGUUACUGAACUAUGUAAUCUAUCCCCUUAUGUUCAGCUUAUAUUUAGCAGCAAAGGAAAGGUGGAAAUAUUGAACUAAAAUGCAUGGGAAAACUGGAUGUAUGAUCCUUUAACAUCUUAAGAUGUUAGUAGAGUUAAGAAGUAUUGCAUAUCAAAAAUCCCCAUGAGGGCAUUAGUAUACUAGCACUAAUCUAUUCCCUAGUUAAGAUGAAUAAGGGCAAGUUAGAAGAAUUAUUUGAUUGUGGUCUAGAACCUAAAAGUUGUGUAAAACUCUUCUCAAAUUGGAUGCGUGUGAGGAAACAAGGUUGUUUUAUUGAUUGUGGUUUGCACUGUUUCUUAUACUGACCAGAGAUAAACCUCUCUUUUCGCUGCACCUCCUGAACUAAUGGAGACUUCAAAAUUUUACGUGUUUAAACUGGAAUGACCCACAGAAAUCUGUAGAUGUUUACAGCAGAGGAGAAUGAAAAGAUUGAGCAUGUGUAUGGUCAACUGAUGACUUUAACACCCUAGUUCAUUGCUUUACUCUGGCUGUGUCAACUCAGAGUUGUGCUUGUUUCUAACUGAGAUCCAUGUGAAUAGGCUCUAGAUUUUAAAUACUGAAACCUAAAUAAGGUAGCUGUCAGGUCAGUAUAAUACAGCCGAUUCUUCUUAUCUUGAAUGCGGUCCUACCAUGCAUUCUGUUGCUGUUUUUUAUCCUGUUAACCAAAGGAAAGAAAUGAUACUUGUAAAUAAUAGUGAGUAUUUGAUAUUGCAUUCUCCCUAUUUUCAUCUGCAAAAUUUAGGAGGGAACUGUGGUAUUCCCUGAGCUAAUAAUUGUAAAAGAACAUCUGCACAUCUCUUUUCUAUGUGGCCUAUUUGUUUAAUUGCAGCAGAUUUACAUAGAAAGAGUAUGGUACAUCAUAACUAGGCAAUUAUCCAUUCUUCAUCACUUAGUUAUGGUUCUGCUAAUUGAUCAUUUAAGACAUAAGAUAGUCUAGCAUUAGGAGCAUUUGAGACUGUUCAAAAAAGAUCAACAAAUUAAUACUGUUGUGUGAUAUUUGCAUAAUUGGCUGCAAUUAUUUAAUGUUUAAUUGGGUUGAUCAGAUGAGAUUCAGCCUUUCACAUGUUGAUGCUUUACAAACACUGGUACUUUAAAAUGAUAAUAAUGAACUCUAAUUUUUGCAUGUUCUUUCUCCCCCUCCUUCAUUCUUUUGAUUAUUAUUUUCAGUAUUGAGCAUGUCCUUAAUUUUCAGUUUGGUGAGUAUGACUCAUGCAUAGGAAAGAAGUCCUUCAAAUGAGAGAAUGUCUCAUGAAACUGGAAUUUCGUAUAAGCUUUCUUGAUGCCAAGAGUUAUAGCAUCAGCAAAUGGCAUUAUUUAAGUAGAGUCUUACUGGCAAUCAGGGCAAAUUCACUGACAAUUUACAAUGACAUACUCUGGUGAGAGCACUAACAAAGGUUCCUGUACAGGGUAGAUACUCUGUUCAGUCUGUAGCGGUGCAAAGCAAAUGUGAUUUUUCUGGAAUAUGGGAGGGAAAUAAGACAAGACAAAAGCAAGACAGUGUGGGAUCUCUCUGCCCAGUCAUUGUUUACACCUGUUCAGCUAUCUCGAGCUAUAAGCCAAAAAACAAUUGUAGUCCCAUUCCUCCUCUUUCUAGAUAAAUCCUUAUGUACAGUUUACCUAGUUUAAUUGAGAAACAUCAUUGAUCCUCUUCUGUAUACUUAUUUUUCCUCAGGCAUGAAGAGUAGUAAUUUGGAAAAAUUAGAUAUUUGAAAGAGUCAUUUGGAGUGUGAGUUAAUUGAAAUGUCUACAUGUAGUACACGUAGGACUUCCAAGGAGGUAGAUAGAAAAACAGCUGGGAGUGAUCCCAUAGCCACCUCUUUAGAGGAAGAACCCUCUUUGGUCUGAUAGCCUCUCCAAAAUAACCAGUGUAAUCUUUUUGGAUUGCUUAGUGUGAACUGUCUACUGACAGUGCCUUGCUAUGAAACAGGAUAGCACAGCCAUUGCUAUGAGAUGGUAGCACAGCCUGUCAGACAAUGGCACAUUGGCUCUGGGAGCAUGAGCUUUGCCCUACUGGUGAGAAUUUUUAAUGUUCCAGUGUCAGGCUUCUAUAUAGAGAGGUGGGCAGGUAUAAAUGAUGGCUGAGCAGGCAGUAGGCCAUUCCUUGUUCUCUUUCUCUCUCUUCCACACAGAUUUGUACACCCCUUUUCCUCAGCCCUUCUGUCAUGAUGUCACUCAGUCUUAUGUCUGAAAGUGAUCAUUUAAGGUAGUUUUCCAUUGGUUUUACUUUCAACAGUAGUGACAGUUUAUUUAAAAAAAAAAACUGUGUUUUGUUUCUGUUGCGGGUUUUGGGAGCAGAAUUGCACUUAACCGCCUCCAUGCCUGCUCAUGUAAUGCCUGCACAGACUGACACUGACUCUGUGAUCCCGGACAAGUUAUUUAACCUCUUUGUAAGUGUAAAGCAAUAGUAGUAGUACUGCCACUUAUACUGCUUUUGAUGUAAUACAACUUUUGUAGAAAAGGUAUUUUACUACAGAAUGGCUAUAAGUGAAGUUAGUAAGUUUUCCAGAAAGCUUUUUAAGCAGCAGAGAAAGAUGCCAAGAACUGUAUUUAAAGGAUUGCUUCAGAGCAGAGUGUGGAAGUGUCUUGAUUAUGCAGAAGGAAAAUGUUAUUUCAAUGAGAAAUAUAUUUAAGGUUUGCCGUAUGAUUGCACAAACAAAAUAUACAGUUUAGAGCUUAAAGUUGCAUGCAGAACAGUCCUUGACAAGAGGUGAAGGUGAACUCAAUCUUACUUAACAAUGAAGUUAAGCAUAAGUUAAGAGGAAGCAUUGCACCUCUCAAUGUAGAAUCGUGAGACUACAACUAUUCUAGAGCUACACUUUGUCAUGUAGCUUUGAGACCUCUGUAUGGAUCUAGGCUACAAAUUUUCUGAACAUUUUUAUUGUAAGAUUUAACAACUGAGAGGUGUCAAAGAGCUAUAUUUUACUGUGUCUUGUCACUGCCCUCAAGAUUUGUAAAAGUAAUCGAUAGGUCCUAAAUCAUUUAAGCUUAGUCACUUCUUAAUAAGUACAUGUAUUUUUAGUCAUAACAGCAAAAGAGGGUACUGAUAUUGCACUGGUGAAAAAUACUGUUGUUACAAUCCUUCUGCCUAUGCCUUGGUUGAGCAUGUUGGUUAUUAGUCGGAAUCCCAAGAUAUUUUCCCUGACCAUGCAAAAUCUGAGUGCCAUUUAUAGCACAGUUGGCAAACGUAUCCCCAGCUCCAUAAACAAAACUUGCUUCUGCAUUAGCUUGAACUUAAGCAGUCAAGUACAUUAGUGCCUAGCAGGUGUGGAACAAUGCUGAAUUAGACUAGUCAACCCUUAACUUUGGACACAGUUUUGGAAUUAGUAGCUCAGAUGGAAAUAAAAAGCAUUGACCACAUCAGCGAGGUUAACCACACCCAAGUUUACUAAAAAGAGAUGUAUUUAAAUUCACUGCUACUAACAGCAUGGCUAGAUCCUCAUCCCUGUAUGUGAACAUGAAUUUAUGCUGAGUUUGCUUGCCUUAAAACUUGAUUUAUUGUGACUGACUUGAUCCUCAUGCUGUGCUUUAAAAAAAGAAUCUUAAAUUCCAUGUUCAUAGGAAGAUCUUAAAGAGGAUUUAAGACCUUGCCUAUAGAAUUUGAAAGUCUUUGCUUUAGAAUGUCUGUUGUAUAAAGUUAACAUAGGAAAAGAGAAGAUAUCUCUGUGGAAAUAAUUAUAUACUGCAGUAUAGCAGAGGGUUCUCCAGGGCUUUAGGGUCCUUUAUAUUAUGCUUCCUCCUCCUCUCCAGGAUCAUUUUUGUUAUUGACCAAAGAGUUGUACAGGGAAAAGUAAAUAAAAUACGCUCAGUGCUUUUUUUCCAACCAAGAAUUGAAAAAAGUUUCCAAGAGUUGGUUCUCUUGAUAAUGCUAGCUUUUUAUGGGACUUGAUUUUGUCAGGCAUGGAACAGUCAUCUAAGUGGGAGAUAGGGGAAUUCAGAAGUCAUCUUAGGCAGUAAUAUCUUGCAGGAACAGAUCUUCCUUUACUUUUUGAUCAAAGUGAUCAAGAUAUGAACAUGUGAUCUUUUAAACUUUGGGCCUUUUUAUAAUUUUUGUGCUUUUCAUUUUAAAAUUUUGAUACAAUAUUACAGAACAGUUAGCUCAAAACUAUCAUGUCUCAGUAGGUUAAGAGAAAAAAGCAAGCAUUCUUACUAUUUUUGUAAUUGCCUUCUUCCUUUAUACCAAACCUCUUCUUGGUUAUGAUUAGGUCUCUACUGUAAUUGUGGGCUCUUCAGGUGAAAUAGUUUUUUUUUUUCUCUCUGCUGUGCCCUAGCACACUCUGAGCUUUUCAGUAAGUACUAAGUGCUAGCAGCAGAUACCAGAGCAAAAAGUGAAGUGAAAAUUUUGUCUGCAGAACAGGUAUGCUGAGGAAUGAGAGUAUAAUUAUCCAUCUCCAUACUUCAAGACAGGAGGUCAGAAGAACAUCAUUACCAUUCUCGUUCAGUCCUAAACAGACACUACCCAAGAAUACCAAAUGUCUAGCAGGAUAAUGGAUUGCUAUUUAAGAAAACUCUUCUUUUGCUUAAAUACUUAAAAUUUAUGCCUACAUUUUCGUAAUUGGGACCUAGUUACUUAACUGAAACCUGCAACUCACUUUGUAUAGGUCAUGAAACCGUAACUUAAUAGAUGGAAACAAACACGCAAUGCUCAAAGUCGUCUAACAAUGAGAAACUGUUUUUUACAGUCAGUGAUCUAUUCAGUUCCCAUAAUUUCUAUCAGUUUUCUGAUGGGCCAGUAGCUGGCUAUGACUGCAGGUAGGUGGCAAAUACACCAUUAACCCAAUCCCAAAGUCAUGGCUGUUGAAAAAGAGUCAAUUUGUUCCCUGCAUCUCCUUGGGACAUGGCUUGGACUGUAGCUUAGCCACUACAAUAAAGAAUGACAGAAUGAUAAAGGUGGUUCUUUGCCAUGGUGGAGACAAGUGAGGGUUUUGUCUGAAACUGUUUGCACACGAUUUCAGUUGGAGCAGUAAAUUUGGGAAGAAAGAUGUCCCCAUCUUCCUGGUAUUCAAGGCAUUUAGAAGGGUGCUGUAGUAGUUCUUACAACUGUAGCAUAGGGAAAUGAACAAUUUAAAGAGAGAGAAGUAAACACCUCUUAAGGGUUUCUGUUUUUGCAAGUGUUAAAGUUAACAAGGUAUUUUACAAGGAUCUGAGCAUAUAAAAGCAUUAAAGGACCGAUGUGUGAAAAAAAUACUGGAUAAAAUAAAGGAAACUCUACCUCAUUCUUCUUUAAAGGUUUUGUAGAAGCACAAGUAAAUGCUCCUAAUGGCAUUGUUACAUACAGACCAUCUGGCAUGAAAGAAACACUUUAUAUUUGUAUGUCUAUAAAUCCUGUAAUAACUGUAUUUUGCUGGCAGUAGAAACAGUCUAUACUAUUCACAGUUUUCCUCAUCAAAUCUGUAAUUAUGCAAUGUUUCGUCUCCAAUAAAGGAAUUUAAUGGGCA